GGGAGUUGUGGAGCCAGCCAGGCCGCCCAUUCCCACAGCCGGCCCAGCUUAGCAUGCUGCCAAUGGAGCUGGCCAGGCAGGGGGCCCAAACCCCCAGCCCCCUGGCUUCUCUGCUGUUGCUGUUGCUGCUCUGGACCCCUGCCUUUGCCCUACUGGCUGGAACUGUGCCUCCGCAGACCCUCAGUGCCUGUGCCUCUGCCCCGUGUCCCCCAGGGACCGAGUGCCAGGAGACAGAGAGUGGAGGCUACAUCUGUGGGCCCCUGGAGCCCCGGGGCUGUGGCACCCAGCCCUGCCACCAUGGCGCUCUGUGUGUGCCCCAGGGUCCGGAUCCCAACGGCUUCCGCUGCUACUGUGUGCCUGGCUUCCAGGGCCCACGCUGUGAGCUGGAUAUCGACGAGUGUGCAUCCCGGCCCUGCCACCACGGGGCCACCUGCCGCAACCUGGCCGAUCGUUACGAGUGCCACUGCCCCCUCGGUUACGCAGGGCUGACCUGCGAGGAGGAGGUAGACGAGUGUGCGUCGGCGCCCUGCCUGCACGGGGGCUCGUGCCUGGACGGCGUGGGCUCCUACCGCUGCGUGUGUGCCCCGGGCUACGGGGGCGCCAGCUGCCAGCUGGACCUGGACGAGUGCCAGAGCCAGCCGUGCGCGCACGGGGGCGUGUGCCACGACCUGGUCAACGGGUUCCGGUGCGACUGCGCGGACACGGGCUACGAGGGCGCGCGCUGCGAGCUGGAGGUGCUGGAGUGCGCGUCCGCGCCCUGCGCGCACAACGCGACUUGCCUGGAGGGCCUCGGGAGCUUCCGCUGCCUCUGCUGGCCAGGCUACAGCGGCGCGCGGUGCGAGGUGGACGAGGACGAGUGCGCGGCCGGGCCCUGCCUGCACGGCGGCCGCUGCCUGCAGCGCUCAGACCCCGCGCUCUACGCGGGAGGCGCCGCCAUCUUCCCCGGCGGCUUCAGCUUCGCCCGGGCGGCGGGUUUCCUGUGUCGCUGCCCACCCGGCUUUGAGGGGGCGGACUGCGGUGUGGACGUGGACGAGUGCGCCUCACGGCCGUGCCUCAACGGGGGCCGCUGCCAGGACCUGCACAACAGCUUCCAGUGCCACUGCCCAGAUGGCUACACAGGCCUGACCUGUCAGGAAGAUGUGAACGAGUGCCUGUCGCAGCCUUGCCUCCACGGUGGGACCUGUGAAGACUCAGUGGCAGCCUAUAUUUGUUGGUGUCCACAGGCCUGGGGCGGGCAGGACUGCUCUGUGCAGCUCACCGGCUGUCAGGGCCACACCUGCCCCCUCUCUGCCACGUGCAUUCCCACCUUUGAGUCUGGGGUCCAUGAUUAUGCCUGCCACUGCCCACCUGGUACCCACGGGCCUUCCUGCGACCAGAAUACCACCUUCUCUGUGGUGGCAGGGAGCCCUGCGCAGGCAUUGGUGCCGGCUGGUGGCCCCCUGGGACUGGUAUUGAGAUUUCGCACCACGAUUUCUGCCGGGGUCUUAGCCACACGCACAGACACCUGGGACCGUCUGGAACUAGCUCUGGAACAGGCCACACUCCAGGCCACACUCUGGAGCCAUGGCAACAUUGUGCUUGUCCUGAGGCUGCCAAGUCAGGCUCUAAAUGAUAGCCACUGGCACCCAGUGGAGGUGAUAUUCCGCCUGGGGCUGCUGGAGUUGCGACUCUGGCAUGAGGACUGCCCUGCUCAGCUCUGCAUGGCCUCCCAGCCUGUGGCCCCAGGUCUUACAGCUGCCAUGGCCCAAACAGCUGCCAGGCCCAGCUCUGUACUCCUGGGUGGUAUGGACUUUGUGGGCUGCCUCCAGGAUGUGUAUGUGGAUGGGAACCUGCUGCUGCCCGAGGAUCUCAGUGGCACCGUCGUCCUGGGCUGUGAGCGCAGGGAGCAGUGCAGUCCUCCGCCUUGCGCCCACGGAGCAGCCUGUGUGGACCUCUGGACUCACUUCCAGUGCGACUGUCCCCGGCCCUACCUUGGUCCCACGUGUAUGGAUGAGGUUCCUGCUGCCACCUUUGGCCUGGGGGGCACCUUGAGCUCAGCCUCCUUCCUGCUUCCACUGCCAGGCCCCAACCUCACCAUAUCCUUUCUUCUCCGCACGCGGGAAGCUGCUGGCCUGCUGCUCCAGUUCACCAACGACUCAGCAACUGUUCUGACUGUGUUCCUGAGUGAGGGCCAGAUCUGGACCCAGGCACCAGACAGUCCUGCUCAGGCGCUCCCUGGGCGCUGGGAUGACGGGCACAGACACUUGGUCAUCCUCAGUGUAGGCCCUGAUCAGCUGCAAGGCCCAGUGCAGCAGGUGCACGUGGGAGGGAGAUGCCUCCCUGCUGAUGCCCAGCCUUGGGGAGGGCACUUCCGAGGCUGCCUCCAGGACCUGCGACUCAAUGACCUCCACCUCCCCUUCUUUCCACUGGGAAACUCAAGCCAGCUGGACGAGCCCGGCACCAGGCAGGCCUGGAACCUCACCACGGGCUGCAUCUCUGAGGACACAUGCAGUCCUGACCCCUGUCUCAACGGUGGGACCUGCCAGGUCACCUGGAAUGACUUCCACUGCACCUGCCCUGCCAACUUCACAGGACCCACGUGUGCUCAGCAGCUGUGGUGUCCUGGCCAGCCCUGCCUCCCACCUGCCACCUGUGAGGAGGUCCCUGGAGGCUUUGUCUGUGUAGCGGAGGCCACGUUCCAGGAAGGGCCUCCGGCCGAAUUCAGCGGGCAGAACGUGUCUUCAGGCCGCGCCCUCGGCAGCCUGUCGCUGGCCUUCCGCACCCGGGACCCGGAGGCGGGGCUGCUGCGCGCCACGGGCACCCAGGCCUCGCUGUGGCUGGCGGUGCGCGGGGGCUUCCUGGCGGCGGGCGUGCGCGCAGGGACGGGGCUGCCCGGGGCUGUGCUGUCCGCGCCGGGGCCGCGCGUGGCCGACGGCGCCUGGCACCGCGUGCGCCUGGCCUUGGAGAGGCCCGCGGCCGCCGCGGCGCGCUGGCUGCUGUGGCUGGACGGCGCGGCGACGCCGGUGGCGCUGCGGGGACUGGCCGGAGACCUGGACUUCCUGCGCGGCCCCGGCGCCGCCCGCAUCCUGCUGGCAGAGAACUUCACCGGCUGCCUGGGCCGCGUGGCGCUCGGCGGCCUCCCGCUGCCCCUGGCGCCCCCGCGGCCCGGCGCGGCCCCAGGCGCCCGGCAGCACUUCACCGCAGUGUCCGUGUCCGGGACGCCCGGCCCGCGCCUGGGCUGCAGCGGCGCGCCCGUGUGUGUCCCGUCGCCCUGCCUGCACGGCGGCGCCUGCCGAGACCUGUUCCACGCCUUCGCCUGUGCCUGCGGCCCGGGCUGGGAGGGGCCGCGCUGCGAGGCUCCCGCCGACCCCUGCCGCUCGGCACCCUGCGCCCGUGGCCACUGCCACGGGCGCCCCGACGGUCGCUUCGAGUGCCGCUGCCCACCUGGCUUCUCAGGGCCGCGCUGCAGAAUACCCAUUCUUCCAGAGGAAUGCAGGCUGAAUUUCACCUGCCUCGAUGGUGCUCCAUGUAAGAGUGGACCCCAGGGCACCAACUGCACCUGCCAGGAGGGGUUAGCUGGCCAGAGGUGUCAGCUCCCCUGUGAAGCCAACCCCUGCUUGAAUGGGGGCACCUGCCGGGCAGCUGAUGGGGUGUAUGAAUGUAUCUGCAGCACAAGGUUCUCAGGCCAGUUCUGCGAAGUGGUGAAGGACCUGCCACUGCCGCUGCCAUUCCCACUGCUGGAGGUGGUGGUGCCUGCAACCUGUGCCUGCCUCCUCCUCCUCCUCUUGGGCCUCCUCUCAGGGAUCCUGGCAGCCAGAAAACGCCGCCAGUCAGAAGGCACCUACAGCCCGAGCCAGCAGGAGGUGGCCGGGGCUCGGCUGGAGAUGGACAGUGUCCUCAAGGUGCCUCCUGAAGAGAGACUCAUCUGACCUUGCCGGGAUGCUGACUGCAGCACCCACAAGGCCCUGAAGGGGACAUUCUCCACCAGACCAUUUCUAGAAACCUGCGGGAAAGACCCCCCCCCACCUCCUUCUUCAGGCCUCAGGGAGCUGCUGAAGCCCCAGGUGGGGAAGUGUCCCCUUUGCUGGCAGCUCCUGUGUCUGCCUUCAUGAACCAAGGGGCAGGGGGCAUUCAGGGAAGCAGGGGCCUGGCGAGGCAGGCAACAUCUCUGCUGGACCUUUGGGGCCUUGCCCAUGGCUUUGCAGGGGAGGGUCACCCAUGGGUGCAUCUAGUGUGUUCAGGAGGGAGGGUGUGUGUGUGUUGUGUGUGUGUGUUUGUGUGUGUGUGUGCAUGUGCAUGCAAGCAUCUACAGGGAGGUUGUUGAUCAAUAUGUGAACAUAAGUGUAAAUGUUCUGGGAAGGGCUUGUGGGCACAUCCACAUCUCUGCUACGGGUGUAUGUGACUAUGUCAUGUGUGUGGUGACCCCAUGGAGGGUGGCUGAGCCAUCACGAUGGACAACCCUCAAAACUCUGGCAGCAGGUCCCUGAGGCCUCUCGGGAGGCCUGAGCAGGGCUUGCUCAAAGACUGAGGCCCCAGCUCCUGCACCUUCUUCCGCCUCUUCUUCUGCAGGGUGCAAGCAGCUGGGGAGUCAGGGAGGCUCAGGCUUCUGGUGGUCAGGACAGAUGCUCCUGCAGGCAGGUCUGUCUGGCCUGAGCCAGAGCCAGGCACGUGUGGAACGCAGACAAUACCCCGGUGCCUGUCACUGCAGGACGGAUGGGGAAAGCAGUUCCUGCCUGACUGCCUCACAGGGUGGUUGUGAGGCUCAGCAGGGAAGAACUCUGCAAGUUGUUAAACUCCUGUCAACUGAGAGCAUGUCUGGUCUUGUUUAGGUACAGGGAGGGGCUGUCCCUCCCUUGUGGAGUUGAGGCUUAGAGUGUGUGUGCGUUUGCAUGUGUGUGUGUGUGUGUGGGGGGGCUGGGCAAGAAUGCUGGAGGGCAGUGAGGCUAAAGGAAUCAAAAUCCACCCCCCAAGCUCCUCCAGCUGGGGUGGGUGGUGGGGCCCUAUCUGAGGCACCUGGAGAGGCCAGUCAUCUUGCAACCAGUCUCCUUGCUCAAUGGGUAUUGAGAGGAUGUGGGGAGAGGACUCUUGAGCUGGCACCCUUCUGCAUGUCGGGCUGGUCCUGCCAGCAGACAGCUUCAGGGGAAGAACCUGUGCUCUGCUUCAAGUUCCUUCCCUGGUGAUGCCACCUCACUGUGAUCUCUGGCCCCACCGACCUGCGAACCUGGCCUCUGCAGCUUCUUGGAGUUGCUUUGCCCUCUCCUCAUUCCUGCUGUGCCAGGGCAACAAGGCCAGGAGACCCCCCUUUUGAAAUUAAACCCAGCUUCCUUUGGGGUCUCAGCUAACAUCCAGAGGCACAGGUGUUAAAGCUGAAAUAGUAGUCACACAGUGAUGGGAGACAGGAUAAGGGGUAGGGGUGACGACUGGAGGUUCAGCAGAGGUGGGGGGGGAGCAGAAGGGUGCUAAAUGUUGGGACUUGCUUGGUCCUAAUCCAGUAGGGGGCGGACUGUCUCCCCCAACUUUCUCCAGGACACCUGUAGAAAACCUGGUACCAGCCACUUUGUUACAACUGUUUGUCAGGGAUUUGGCAAACCUGUGUUUGCUGCAGGCUUCUAAGAUGACAUUUUAUGUGGAACCCCAGCAUAUAAAAGCUGAGCUCUUUUUGGAAA